AUGACAAAGAUCGGUGAAGAAAGCAAGGUAAACCAAUACAAGAGCACCCUCAGUGAAGACCAGCCUCAGAGAAGCCUAAUGAAGACUAGUAAAGAUUUGCAAGGUGAGUUUGAGGCGGGCAGCAUAACUUCUAUCUUCAGCAACCGAGCUGUGGUGAAGUACAGCCGGCUGCAGGAUGUGCUGCAUGGCUGCUCCUGGAAGAUCAAUAACAAGUUGGACGGGACAUACCUGCCGCUGCCGGUAGACAAGAUCAUCCAGCGCACAAAAAACAUGAUAAACAAGAUAGUUCAGUACAGCCUGAUCGAGGGGAACUGUGAGCACUUCGUCAAUGACCUCAGAUACGGUGUGCCCAGGAGCCAACAGGUGGAGCACGUCCUGGUGGAGGGAGCGAAGGCUGCAGGAGCUGUCCUCUCAGCAGUAGUAGAUAGCAUAAGACCCAAACCCAUAACUGCUUGAAGGUGCUGCGAAUUUCAAGCGGAGGAAGAGCUACCAGCAGCUGCGGAGCGAAGACUGCCUUUCUUCCUCCUUGCCUUUCUCACUCAGUGGCCCUGUUAAACAAGAUUGUGAGUUUCUGGAAAA